AUGGACGCCGACGACGCCCAACUGCUGUCGCCCGUGGGCAGCCUUCCCCUGCUCUCAAACGCCGACGACGAUGCCCCCUUCCUGAACGUCGGCACCGAUGGCGCCAUGCCCCGCCAUGAAGAUGGCGACCUCCGCCGACGGGAUGUGGAUGACAUGGGCGAGAGCGCGCGCGACACCUUCUUCAAAUUCCUGACCACGUUCCGCCGAUCGUCCCCGGGAUCCCCGUCGGGAUCCCAGGGCGGGGAGGAGGCCACUUACGUGCAAGAGGCGCGGAAUGCCGAGAAGCUAGAGCGCAGCGUGGUGUACGUGAGCUACGUGGACCUGCUGGAAUUCGACCCCGAUCUAGCGGACCUUGUUAGGGAAGACUACGCACGGCUGGAGCCCUUUCUGAGGCAGGCCGCUAAGCGGCUGUUCAGAACGGUGGUGCCAGAGUACGCCAGCUCCGCGCGGGGUGUGGAGAGGGAGUUUUUCGUGGGGUUUUAUGAUCUUCCCUUCCAGGAGCAGCUGAGGGAUUUCAGGGCCAGCUGGGUGGGCCAGCUGGUGGCGUUCGAGGGCACGGUGACGCGCACCAGUGAGGUGCGGCCGGAGCUGUUCUCGGCGGCGUUCACGUGCGGCGAGUGCCAGACGCGCGUGGCGGGCGUGGAGCAACAGUACAAGUACACGCAGCCGACGAUCUGCAGCAACGCGAACUGCGGCAACAGGACGAAGUGGAUCUUGAACAAAGAGCACAGCGUCUUCAUCGACUGGCAAAGGGCCAAAGUUCAAGAGAACAAUGACGAAGUGCCUGCUGGUUGUCUGCCGCGCACCAUGGAGAUCAUCCUCAGAAAUGAGCUGGUGGAGCAGAUCAGGCCCGGCGACAACAUUCUGUUCACUGGAACCAUCAUCGUCAUCCCUGAUGUAUCAGUGCUAUCCACUGCAGGAGAGAAGAUCCACGCGAGAGGCAGGUCGCAACUGGCGCGCCUGGCAGAUGGCGUGACUGGCCUGAGGGAUGCUGGCGUCAGGGAGCUCACCUACAGAAUGGGCUUCCUGGCCACGUCCGUCUUGAGACCAAGCCAGCGAGAAGGUGUGGUCAACAUUCGUGACAGCGAGGAUUCCGGAAUGGAACCUGAGGAUGUCCUGGAGGCGUUCAGCGAAGAGCAGCAGGAGGACAUCGCUGCUAUGAAGGCUGACCCCUCCAUCUAUGAAAACUUGGCCAAGAGCAUUGCGCCAUCAGUCUAUGGACAUGAGGACAUUAAGCGAGCUAUUCUGCUGAUGUUGGUUGGUGGUGUGCACAAGCAAACAGGAGAGGGCAUCAAUCUCCGUGGUGAUAUCAAUGUGUGCAUCGUUGGCGAUCCUGCAUGCGCCAAGAGCCAGUUCCUCAAGUAUGUUUCGGACUUCCUGCCACGGGCUGUGUACACAACAGGGAAAUCAAGCAGUGCAGCUGGCCUCACAGCUUCAGUUGUGAAGGAGCCUGACAGCCGUGACUUCUGCAUCGAGGCGGGUGCCCUUAUGCUGGCUGACAAUGGGAUAUGUUGCAUUGACGAGUUUGACAAGAUGGAGUCAAAGGACCAAGUGGCGAUUCAUGAGGCAAUGGAGCAGCAGACAAUAUCCAUAUCCAAGGCAGGAAUACAGGCCACCCUCAAUGCCCGUGCCUCGAUUCUUGCUGCUGCGAAUCCGAUCGGAGGCCGCUAUGACAAGUCCAAGCCGCUCAAGUGGAAUGUCAACUUGCCUCCUGCAAUUCUCUCAAGGUUUGACUUGCUGCAUGUCAUGGUGGAUGACCCAAAUGUGGACAGCGAUGACCACAUUGCCUGGCACAUCAUGCACAUGCAUCAGCACAUGGAGCGGGCUGUGCCUGUCCCAUACAGCAAGGCCCAAGUUCAGCUCUACAUCCGAUUCUGCAGGAGCAUAAGGCCAAGAAUAAGCCAACAGGCCAAGCGCGUGCUGAUCAAUUCCUACAAGAUGCUGCGCAAUGAGGAUGCGGCACCAGGGAGCAGAUCUGCAUACCGGAUCACUGUCCGGCAGCUGGAAGCACUCAUUCGCAUGUCUGAGGCUCUGGCUAGGCUACGCUGCAAUGGGGAAAUCCAAGCAGGUCAUGUCAAAGAGGCAAGACGCCUUCUCAAGAACUCUCUCAAUGCCCUCGAGACUCCUGACAUUGAGCUUGAGGACAUGGAGGGGGACGCCCAGGAGCAGCCUGUCGUACCCAAUGCUGACGCCAUGGACAUCGAAAACGAACCUGGGGCAGAGAAUGUGCAAGAACGCCCAACAAGCCCACCGCCAGGCAGCACACCUGGCAGGGACCGGCAGCCCCUUUUGGAACGCCCGGAGAGGGGUCAAAACGACAUGGACAUGGAAGAUGGAAAACAAGGCAGGAAUGUGGAAGAGGAGAGAAAGCAGAAGCCAGAGAAAAAGAAGAUUACACAGCAAAGAUUCUUCACAAUUCAGAAAAUUUUGGUCCAUGUGCUGCGACAACAAGAGGAGGAGGCCCUGAGUGCUGGGAGUACAGCAACUGUGGGCAUGCGGCAAAAAGAGCUGUCGGAGCACUACUUGCGGCAACAAAUUGAAAGGAGGGGACUGCAACGGGAAGAUGCCCAAGAAGAAGCUGAGGUGGUUGGGAAAGUCAUCGCCAUGUUGAUAGCCAAACAUGACGUCCUGGUUGUGGCCUACACUCCUGAGCGACAGGAAGGGGAGUCUCUGCAAGCUUACAAUAGAAGGAAGAGAAUGGAGCGUGUCCUUGCAGUGAAUCCAAUGUAUACAGAGGCCGACUAG